AUGUCCUCGUUAUUCCAGCAGGCCGAAGCAAACAGCACUGACAAGCCCUCUUCAACCAAGUACGGUCAUAGUGCACCUGGACCAGGUAGCGGAUUAGACGAGAACCCUGGUACUCGGUCCGCGAACCAGCCCCAGGGAAGUAAGAAAGCUGAGGGUACCACCGACCAGCAGGCUGGGACGGUGAAGAAGUCGAUGUCUAAUGCGGCUAAGACGCGGAGCGGCAUUGGAGGAGAGGAGCAGAGUGGCAUUGAACACUUUGAGACGUAG